AUGCUAGACGACGUUGCGGCUGCCUGGAGCAGCAAAGCAGCAAAGCAGCAGCAGCAGCAGCAGCAGCAGCCCCCUGCAAAGAGGCCCGCACAUGCUGGAGGGGAAGCGGCAGAGCAGCGACGCGGAGCUGCCGCUGCAGCAGCAGAAGCAACAACGGCAGCUGGUGCUGCUGCUGCUGCAGACUCGACAGAAGCAAGAGCAGUUGCAGCAGCAGCAGCGCUGCGGACACUUUCAGAUUUGCUGCCUUUUGGCUCCUCUGGUGCAUUCACUGCUGCUCUAGUUUCAAGAGACCUUUCCCCUCCUCUGCAGCAGCAACAGCAGCAGCAACAGCAGCAGCGAGACUGUUCCUGCUGCCCCGACUGCAUCGCGAGGCAGCAAAACGAGAAGCUGCUUGUUGGGUUUGUGCCUCCGGACCUGGCGCUGCUGCUGCUGCAGCACGAAGCAGAAGCAGCAGGGAAGUCGCCUCCUCUGCUGCAGGCUGGGUGGAACAGCAGCAGCAGCAGCAGCACAAGGGCAUGUGCUGCUGCUGCAGCACAGCUGCUGCUGCAGACUGAAGAGUUUGCUGCUGGAGGCGAAGUGCGACACAGCCGCACAGCCUUUCUGUGCGCCUACAGAAUAUGCAUGUCUCACCCUGGUGCAGCAGCAGCAGCAGCAGCGGAACCAGCAGCAGCAGCAGCAGAGCCAGAAGCAGCAACAGCAGCAGCAGCAGCAGCAGCAGCGACGGAAAAGGAAGUUGUUGAAGCAGCUAAUCAGUUUGCUGCAGCAAAGGCAACUCUCGCCGGUGACGUUUCCAUGCAGGCGUUUCUCCUGUUCGGCGCUAGUGCUGCAGCAAAAGGCAGCAGCCACAGCAGCAGCAGCCUCAGCAGCAGCAGCAGCAACAGCGACUGCAGCAGCAGCUGCUGCACCGCUGCAAGCUGGCAGCGGCUGACCGUGGCUCUGAUGGAAACAAUUGUGCGCCCCGACCUAGAGGCCAUCCGCAACCACCUUAGGAGGCGGCCACUGACACCUGAGCGCCGCUGCAGCCGCCUGCAGCGCAAGGCCUCUCAAAGAGGCAGCGGCAGCAGCAGCAGCAGCAGCAGCAGCAUCAGCAGCGACGGCCUUCCUGCCAGCAGCAGCGGCACCAAGCAGCAGCAAUUUGAUCCAGACCGCGCCAUAGGAGCAACCGUGGUGUUUGCUGCAGCAGCAGCGCUGCAGCUUCCUGCUGCUGCUGCUCCUCACCAAGAGCUCUCGCGUCUCUGUCUGGAGGUGCUUCAGCUGGCAGCAGGCUUCAAAGGAGACAGCGCUGCUGCUGCUGCUGCUGCUGCUGCUGGGAGAAGACAGGGCGCAGACGCAGCAGCAGCGGCAGCAGCAGCUGCAGCGGCAGCAGCAGCAGCAGCAGCAAAGGCACUCGAUACUGCAGUUGCCCUGGGGCAGCAGCAGCCGCUGCUGCGGAGACACCUGGCGGUAUCUCUCCGCCUUGCGACUCCCACCAGACCCUCUGCAGCAAUAUACAGAAUUCUGCUGCUGCGGCUGCGGCGCUGCAUCUCUUGCCCAUCAGCAUCAGCAACUUGGUCGCCCCACAUCUGGCGCACAGAGGAGCCAACAGCAGCAGCAGUAGCAGCAGCAGCAGCAGCAGCGAAAGCAGCAGCAACGGGCGCAGCAGAUAAAUGGUUCUGUCGAGUCUCUGCUGCGCUGCUUCUCUUCAUUGGUGAUACAACAGCAGCCGCUGCUGCUGCUGCGGCUGCGCAGCGGCGGCAGCAGCAGCAGCUGCUGCAGCACCAGCCUGCAGCAGCAGAGGACUCAACGGCGGCGUACCCGCCAGAAGCAGAGACGCAACCACGGGAGCGCGAACAGCAACAGCAACAACAGCAGCAGCAGCAGCAACAGCAGCAACAGCAACAGCAGCAGCAGCAGCAACAGCAGCAGCAGACUGUGGGGCUAUUUGAGGCAGCUGCCCCAUUAGUAAUAGUAAGCCCGUCGCUCGCGCGCCUGCUGCUGCCGCUGCUGCUGCUGUCUUCGCUGCGCUGCGGCGGCGCAGCAGCAGGAGCAGCGCUUGCUGCUGCCCUCAACAACCACGUGUUUGGGGCCUUCAGGCAGCAGCAGCAGCAAGAGCAACAGCAGCAAGAGCAGCAGCAGCAGCAGCCGCAGCAGCUGCAGCAGGAAGCCGUUUCUUCCGCCCACCGUUCAGUUGCUGCUGUCUGCCUGAAGGCGCUGGAGCUCCUAAUGGUCCUUCCUAAUAUAGCAGCAGCAGCAGCAGCAGCAGCAAAUGAAACAUCCUGCUUAUCUACUUCUCAGCGACAGUCACAGCCGCUGCAGCAGCAGCAGCAGAAAGGAGUGGCUGUCUUUUGGCAGGAGCUGGACCUGGAAGCAGCAGCAGCAGCAGCACUCGCGUUGGGAGCAGCAGCUGCUGCUCUGCUGCUGACGGAGCAGCAAAUAGUGAAGAUCUACGGAGACAGAGCAGCACCGCUGCAGCAGGGGCGGGAGGCCCUUGUGGCUGACGCGCAGCAGCAGCAGCAGCAGCAGCGGGGGCGUCUUGCUGCUGCGCUGCUGCCGGCGCCCCCCCCGCCGCUGCUGCUGCUGCUGGUUCGUGCGCAUGCAGCAGCAAGUGCAGCAGAUGCAGCAGCAGCACACCGCUGCCUCGAGGGCUGGCACUCUCCUGCUGUGCUGCUGCAGCGAGCAGCAGCAA